CGCUGGUGGCUGGCAGUGGUUGUGGGUAUUUACGGUGGGCUCGCAAUCGCGAGCAUUCCAGUGACGUUCUUGCCAAGUGACAUUGGCUGUCCUUUCCCGUUUCAGUAUGCUUGGAAGAAGGUUAUUUAAGUUCAAACCUCGUGUGAGCCAGGUGAGAAGCCUGCUGAAGCCAUCGAAGGAGUUUGGAAACUCCAUAAUAUUGCUGCAGGAUGGACAUUUUGUGCAAGAACUUCCUGUGCUGGUGCGGCAUACCAGCGAUCAUUCAUUCAUCAUGGGAAACUUCGGCCCUGACCAUACUCCACCAGCAAUUCCCUCAUUGACAGAUGUGAAUAUAGAUGUGGGUGGCUCUGGACAAGUUGACAUAGAGUGCUGUGCAAUCACGGAUUGUGAAAAAGAAUUUGUUGAUGCGCUCGAGAGGACAGAGAGGGUUAGACACAUUUACAGUCUUCUUGAAACUGCGACCAUUGAUGGUGUGACUCCAUUUGUGGCACUGCAAUCACUGAUACAGAUUGCCCAUUUGGAAAGUAGAGAGGAUGAGGCUGAAUUGGAGAAAAUGUUUGCAAGGCAAGCUGUAAUUCAAAAGCUGAUGACAACCAUUCUUGAUGGAAAUGAUAAUGAGUCUUUAGUGAACACAUUCAUAUUCAUGAAAGACCUCAAGCCACUUGGAAGUCUUUCUGCCCUGUGUGAACAGCUGAAGGCACACUGUAUUGACAAGGGAGCAUCUGGAAAAUUAAGCAUCCAGCAAAUUGCAAGGCUCAUCAAGGGUCUGGACUCAGUGUAUGGUCCCAAGUCUGCCAUAGCUGACCAGCUUUGGCAGGGAAUCAAGACCCAGGCAUCUCAGAUAGAUGAGUCAAACAUCAGUGAGGUGUGCUCAGUCCUCCCUCUCCUGAAGCAGAGCAGCAAGGUGGUGUUCCAUGCUGUCAUGAAGCAGCUGCCAGGGUUCUGGUGGAAGCUCUCCCCACACUCUGCCUGCUCGGUGAUGGACUCUCUGUAUGCCUCUCGCCUGAGCUCGCCUGAGCUCUGCCGUAUCCUCGUGCGCUGGACCUCCCUGGCGCUGCACCAACUGAGUGAAGAGCACCUGCAGGUGGUGCUGGCCUUCUUCUCGUGGGCCGACCACUGCGACGACACCCUGCAGCGUGCGGUCGAGCGCUACUGCCACGCGCGCGGCCGCGAGCCUCUGCGCCCGGCCACCGUCGCCGCCGUCGCUAACUUCGCGCUGCGCUUCAACGUCUGCUCGGACGUCCUUCUGGAGACAGUCAGCGACCAAUUUGUGGCGCAUCAGGCGCGCUACGGCGCGGCGGAGGCGGCGGCGGCGCCGGCGCAGGCGCGGCGGCUGCUGCGCGCGGUGCGACCGCCGCCGGCCGAUGUGGCGGCCGUGGUGCGCGCGCUCGGAAAUCUGGACCACCACCCGCGGGAUCGACUCGGCUUCUUCGCGGCAGUCGAGAGUCGGCUGGCUGAUGUGUUCGCCGCGCUGGACGCCGAGGACGUGCUGGACAUCUGCCUGGCCUGUGUCUAUCUUAAGCGCUACCCCCUUAACUUCUUCCGUCAGGUGUUUAACCCGCUGUUCCUGGGGCGGCUGUCUCCGUCGGACGGCGCGGCGCAGCGGCUGCGCACCAAGCUGGGCGUGCUGGACGCCGCGCUGACGGCCGAGUGCCCCGGCUACCGGGGGCCCAUGCUGCCGCGCGACAUGAGCGCACGCAGUGUGCUGCGCGACGCGCGCGCCUCCCGGCUGGCGCACGCACUGCUGCCGCACCUGCAGGCGGUGGCGGGUGUGAGCGAGGUGGCGGCGGCGCAGCUGCUGCCGCAGCUGCCACUGCACCCGCUGUACGUGCCGGACCUGAGCUGCCGCCGGGCCGACGGACGCCGGCUCUGCCUCUUCCUGAACGCGCCCGAGCUGUACGGCCGCGGCGGCGGCCGGCUGGAGGCCGUGGCCGCGGCUGACUGA